AUGGGAGGCGCCUCGGGUGGUCCUAAGAAGCCACUGACCGUGCAAACCAGUGUUGGGUUGGCGGAACCGUCUUCGGACUUUGACCUCCCCUCCCCCACUCCGCUCGCUGCUCCGCUCGGCGCGCCAGUUUCCGCGCCUACUGCGUCCGCGCUAGAAGCAGGAGGCGGGUCUGCGGAGAUUCCGCCGCAUGACCCCGGCUCGCCUACUCCGCUAGCAGCGCCUCUUGCGGCUCCGCGGAGCUCAUCGGCGGGUGCUUCCGCGGGUGCGCCCGCGCAGGCGGUCGAUCCUGGAUCCCCGACUCCGCUUGCUGCGCCGGUUGCGCGCACGCCAACUCCAAUUUCCACAGCGGCGGUAACCGAAGCUUCCCCGCAUGACCCGGGGUCCCCCACUCCGCUCGCUGCGCCGGUUGCAGGCGGCGGCGGCGGCGGCGGAGUGGAUGCGCCCCCGCACGACCCAGGCUCCCCCACUCCGCUGGCUGCUCCGCUGGGGGGGAAAUCCGCGGCAGGCGGAGGCGGGGGGGGAAGCGGCGGAUCUCCGCCGAAGGCAGCUCAUGGCGCGGGGGAGGAAGGCGCGGAGGACGCGGAAAGUAGUGACUCGGACGAGGAAUUUCUUUCGCAGUACAAGCAGCUAACCAAGUCAAAGUCACGAGGACGAAACGAGGGGGCUCUGCUAGUGGGAGGUAGCGGGAACAGCGGCAGUGGGAGCGGAGCAAACGGGGGAGGCUGCGGCGUAGGAUCGGGAGCAGGGGGGAGUGGCGCAGGCGGAAGUGGGGGGGAAGCGAAGCCUGGACCAGGGGGAUUAGGGGGAAGAAGCAGGGGCGGGCCUCCCCCAGUCCCUUCCGCGCAUGGUAACAAAAGCGGGGGUGGCGGGGGGGCAGCAUUGGGCGCAGGAGGGGUAGGGGGCCACUCAGCGAAAGGGGGGAUGUCAGCUGCAGCAGCAGCGGCUGUAGCGGCUGCAGCAAGCAAGGGUGGCGUGCACAGCAGCCCUGUAGCAGCGGUGGGGAAAGCAGCGAUGCUGAUAGAAGAAGCUGUGAAGCCGCCAUUACUGAGGAGCAGAUCAGGAGACACGGCCCGAGCCCACCCCGCUGCUGCUGGCGCUGGCGCUGGCGCUGGCGCUUGUGCCUCCACUCUCUCUGGGUUAGGACUAGGUCCGGGGACUGGUGGAGGUCCGGGUGGUGGAGGCUCGGGUGGUGGAUUGGGUGGAGGCUUGGGGGGCAUGGGUUGCCACUCUCUCUCCAGUCGGCAAGCAGAGAUGCUUCACAACGCUCUAAGAGCGCCUGCUAGGUGCCACUCGGAUAAGGGCAUGCACGGGUUGGGAGGGGGGAGGGACGCGAGCGGGGGCAGCCCCCCGCUGCCUGUGGGGAAACGGGGACUGGAGGAGGGGAGGAGAGGGGGGAGCUGCAAGGAGGGGGCCGCGGUAGGGGGAGGAGAGGGCAUUGGGGUUGAUGCGGAUUUGUUUGGAUCAACGGGGGGGAAGAGCGGGGCCGUGGACGAGGAUUUGUUUGGGGCGGAUAAUGGUGAUUCUGAUGAUGAUGAUGAUGAUGAUGAUGAUGAUGAUGACGAUGAUGACGCUGCUGUUGCUGCUGCUGCUCCUGCUGGUGCUGGUGUUGGUAGUGGUGGGGUUAGUGUUGCUGCAGCAGGUGGCGCAGCAGUGGAUGAAGAUUUAUUUGGCCCCUCCGAGAAUGUUUCUAGUGCUCAUAUGGAACCCCCCAAGCGGCUUGGUAGAACCUUCAGUGGUUGUGGCUCUUCUGCUACCGCUGCUGCUGCUGGUGCUGGUGCAGGUGCUGGUGGUAGUGGUGUUUCUCCUGGUGGUGUGGCAAUAGCAGCGGUGGCACACCUAAAAGCACAAGAGCACAAGUUAUCCAGAACAAGAAGCGUGGAGAGUUAUUCAAGACAAUCAGGCGGAGGAGGGGGGGCGACAGGGAGGGGGGGUGUGGGGCAUAGCAGAUUCGACGGUGGAGGGGCAGCAGGGGGGGCAGUGAAGGCAGCUGUGGUUGGGGGUCAGAAACUGGUUUCAUCAGCAGCAGCGGCGGUUCCUGUGGCAAUAGCAGCGGGGGUGUCAACGGUGACAGCGCUAGUGGUAGAAGAUGGUGAUUCUGAUGAUGAUGAUGAGGAGGAGGAGGAGGAGGAGGACGAUGAGGGGGUAGGGGUGGGGGCUGGAGUGGGGAUACAGGAAGAAGAUUUGUUUGGUGCAAGCGAAGGGAGAAAUCAGUUGGUGGACGGUUCAGGAGCUGGUGUGAGGAGUGAUAAAGGAAGAGGGGUGGUGGGUAUGGGAAGGGGAAGGGAUGAGCCGCACCACACGUCGGGCGGAAGGAACCGCGCGCAGGCGCAAACAUGCCGCGUGGACGGGCACGCAGAGAUGGUUUCGUGCGGAGAGAAUAGCGUUGACGGCGCGUGGAACAAUAGGCGACGCGUGGUCGUGGCUUCUAGAAACCCCGUGAAGAUUAACGCCGCGGGGGAGGCGCUCCGGCGGUUGUUCCCCCACGAGUCGUUCGAAUUAGAAGGCUUCCCGGCCGACUCGGGCGUGUCGGACCAGCCGAUGGGCGACGCGGAGACUCUCGCGGGCGCGCGGAACCGUCUGCUGCACGUGGCGCGCAGCAGCGCGGCGGAAGGCGCGGAUUUCGUGGUUGCGAUCGAGGGGGGAGUGGAGUGGUGCCGGUUCUCCGAUCCCCCCCAGCUCAUGUGCUUCGCAUGGGCUGUCGUACUCUCCACGUCCGCGCGCGCGGACGACGAGGCGGAAGCGGACGGCGCGGUGGUGGGCGGAAGCGGGGAGGGUGGGGGCGCGGCUCCCGGGGCGGGGAACGGGAGACAGCAGCAGGGGAGGGGAGUGGGGGAGGCGACAGGGGGCGUGGCCGGGGAUGGGGGAGCGGGGAGGAGAGGAGGAGCGGCGCUUGGGGGAGUGAAUGGGGGGAGAGGGGGCGGGGGAGGCUUAGGGGGAGGCGGAGGGAACGCGAUUUCGGGGGAGACGAGAGCGCGGACGGCCGCGUUCAUGCUUCCGCCACCACUGGCGGAACUGGUGCAAGGGCGUGUGCCAUGUGGGAAGGGUGUGUGCCAUGUGGGAAGGGCGUGUGCCAUGUGGGAAGGGCGUGUGCCAUGUGGGAAGGGCGUGUGCCAUGUGGGAAGGGUGUGUGCCAUGUGGGAAGGGCGUGUGCCAUGUGGGAAGGGCGUGUGCCAUGUGGGAAGGGCGUGUGCUAUGUGGGAAGGGCGUGUGCCAUGUGGGAAGGGCGUGUGCCAUGUGGGAAGGGCGUGUGCCACGUGGGAAGGGUGUGUGCCACGUGGAAAGGGUCUGUGCUAA